UUUUACAAGAAUUUUAUUCUAUUAAAGUAAUCAAAAACAUUAAACUUGUAACGCACAAAUAUCGAGACGAUGCUGAACAUUUCAAUUUUAUUUUUGUCAACAAUAUUUUUACUAUGUUUUUAUAUUGAUCAAAUUCAAUUAGAUAAUUUGUUAUUCGAAAACGAACAAUAUUUGAAAAAUGAAAAGGUAAUAGGACCAGACAGAAACUUUACAAUUGAUGGAUUUAGAAUUGUUACUACAUAUACGAUAAUUUUGAGAUGGAAAAAUUCAGUACAAACGGAAUGGAAGCGUUGGCUUUAUCCUUUCUAUAAAGAUGCCAUGCUGUAUCGAUCAUUAAAAUAUGUGUAUGUUUUGGCUCAUUAUGAAAAUGAAGUCUUAGAAAACAUCAGAAAUAUUUCAGAGAAUUUCAAAUAUUUACCAAGAAAAGAAAAUUCAUUUCCACAAUUUGGAAUCGUAACACUUUUUAGUGAAAUAAUAAAAAUCAUAGAUAUUUUUUUCGAAGGUGAAAAAUUGAUACAAUUUUCAAAUAAUGGGCAUUCUCUUGAACUCUUUGGAGGAAACAAUUGGGAAACGUAUGAAUCUAUAAUAAGUAAAAAUUUAAUUGACAAAAAAUAUUACCCUCCAACAGAAAUUAAAGACAAAAAUAAGGAACUAAUUGAAGCUAUGAAUAUUCUAAUUACUAACAUUAAAGACGAAUAUAAAUUAAAACAUAAUGCCGAUGAAAAUAACGAAGAAGAAUGUAAAAUAAUAAAUUUUAUACUAUGAGUGUUAUACUAUAUUUUAUACUAUACUUUUGAACUUUAAAAUUUUAGUUACAAUAUAAUAAUAUAGAUUUUUAAACAAUUAUCAUGUAAAUGAAAAUAUUAUUAUUUUUAGCUCAAAGAUUAUUUAUAAAGAAUAUUUGUAAAAAAAAUAUGUAUAUUAUUUAAUCACACAAGUUUUUCUUU